UCAAAUUAAUAAAAAAGAAACUCUCUUAAUUGAAUUAUAUGACACUGGCAUUGGUAUGAACCCUGAAUAUAUGCAACAUGCCUGGAAAAGUUUUUCACGAGGUGAUAUUUCGAUUGCCAGGAAACAAGAGGGCACAGGACUUGGUCUUACAAUUUGUAAAAGUCUAGUAGAAAUUAAUGGAGGUGAAAUUAAUACUGAAAGCCAGUUAGGAGAAGAAAAAACGAAUACUAAUAAUUCACCCAGUCAAAAAUAUGAGAAACGCAAUGUUAAAAUAUUUUAA